GGUAACACAACAAUGUCAGUUUUCCACGACGAAGUCGAAAUUGAGGAUUUUGAGUUUGACGAGGAGAAAGACGUGUACCACUAUCCAUGCCCUUGUGGCGAUCGAUUUGAAAUCCCUAGAGAAAUGCUUGAAAUGGGAGAAGAUGUAGCACAAUGUCCCAGCUGCUCCCUUCUCAUUCGUGUUAUCUACGAUCCUGAAGAUUUCGUCAAACUGGAGACCAUCUCGACAAGCAAGCCAAUCGCGGAACCCGUCUAAAUAUUUUUAAUUUUUGUGAAUAUUAGUUAUUAGAGUUUCUGUGAAAUUCUUUUUCUUCCGUGAUUUAUUGAUACGGGUUUCGCGAGUAAAUCUUCCGUGAUAUG